UUACAAACCGGCUAAAAUGAAAACACAAAAAUCUUGAGCAAAAAUUAAGGGAAAAAACGUUUUUAAAGAUGCGUUUUGUGGAAGUUUUACAAACCUGCUGGUUGACGACACUCUUCGGAGCACUGUUGUGCAUUUGCGGAUCGAUUCUUCUCGUUUGGAAUGAGGGUCGAGCGAUCAGAAUCCUGCUCUCGUUGGAUGAGGCUCUAUCGGAUGCGUUCACCGUCCGGGCGGAUAGCCCGUACGAGAAACAGUAUGAAGGACGCCUUGUCCAUCUCAAUGGACCGAUGAUAACGGGAGAACCUUUGACCGAACCGGACUACAACAUUCAGGUGCAGGCGGUGAAGCUGAAACGCCGAGUCCAGAUGUACCAGUGGGUCGAGGAGACGGUAGAAAACCGAUUCGGCGAAUCAGUAGCCACGGUAGAAACGGACGAACGGACCUAUUUCUAUAAUCGCGAAUGGCGUGACGAGUUGAUCGAUUCAAGGAGUUUCUACAUUCGUCACGGACACCACAACCCAACGGCCUUUCCGCUGGACUCGACGGUGCACACUUCCGAGCACGUUUACGUCGGUCCGUACGAGCUCGGUGAUGCGGCCAAGAAUCGGUUCCAGAACUUCCAAGAGGUCACUUCCGACACUCGACCCGAAGAUCCGUCCGUUAAGCUGCACUCGGGACUCUAUUAUCACUCCAACGACAUAUGGAACCCGGAGGUUGGGGAUAUUCGAAUACAGUUUGCAUACGCGGGGCUGGAAGGUUCCUACGUGACGGUGGUAGGCAAACUGGAGCAGGGAAGGAUUGUGCCAUACGAAUCGACGCAUGCACGCAAGGUGCUGCUGCUUGAGCUGGGAGAACACAAUCUGCACGACAUUUUCCGCAUGGAACACCACCAGCAACGGUUGGUGACUUGGGGCGUGCGUUUCGUCGGUUGGGUGAUGCUGUUCUUUUCUUCUAUUUGCUGUGCCACCAUCAUGGAACACUUGGUUCGUCAGCAUAGGUUGCUACGGAUUUUCUCGCCUGAUGCAACGUUCACUGUGAAGAAUAAUGUUACUUUCUCCCUAUCGGUUGCACUGGUGAUUGUAUCCAUCGCCUGGAUUGUGCAUCGGCCUUGGUUGGGAGGUGGCUUGCUAGUUGCCGCAAUGUCCCCGUUCCUUUACUGUGCUCGUGGUGUGAUGGGAAACUAUCAGCGCGUUGACUGAAUCAGGGGCGAGAUUCUCAUUUCAUUUAUUUAAGAUUAUUUAUUUGCGUUUUCAUAAAUAACACUUUUUGUAGUACACCGAGUAAACAAAUAUGAAAAUAAAACCAUUUU